GUCGGGGAGGGUCGUGUCGGUGGAAAGGAAAGCAUUGCACAACGAAUCGGCUCGACGCUGGUUGGGGCGCCAGUCGGUAAAAGUGAGCCAUGAAGUGCACCAGGACGACUUUCAUCUUUCUCGCCGUCCUCCUCCACCUGCCCGACGUCCUGCCGCAGGGGAUUUCCUUGACGGCGAAUGACGAAGCACUCUCGAUGGUGGGGAAGAGGAUGACAGCCAUGAUCCGGAGCCGUCUAGGCAGAAGGACGGAACGGAGGAAAAAAGAAAUCUGUUAUGAGCUGCUCGGCUGCUUCCCGGCGGACAGCCCGUUGAAAAAAGGACCCCAGGCGCCUUCUGACGUCGAGACCAAGUUUUUCCUCUAUACGAGGACGACAUCCGAGGAACUCAUCGCGUACGGGGACGACCGCGGAUCCCUCAGAGCCUCUGAUUUCAGGCCAGAGAGGCCAACCAAGUUCUUGGUCCACGGCUUCAAAGGUAGUGGGAAAGACAGGAGCGCGAGGGCGAUUGCCGCGGCGUUGAUAGAAAUCGAAGAUUGCAACGUCAUACUCCUAGACUGGGAAAAAGGAGCGGCGGGUCCGUCUUACAGGUUGUCGGCCGCAAAUACCCAACUGGUAGGAAGGCAGUUGACCCUGGUACUGUUGGAUCUGAUCUCCCUCGGUUCUUCGCCCAACGACAUCCAUAUAAUCGGGUUCAGCCUCGGGGCCCACAUCGCCGGAUACGCCGGAAGGUCGCUCCUCAGCAGGGGUAUAAGGCUGGCGAGGAUCACAGGCUUGGACCCGGCCUCGCCACUCUUCAGAGAACACUUCGCCGCCACGUCCAUGGUCUCGUUGAGCGGAAGGGACGCCGCUUUGGUCGACGUCAUCCACACGGACGGUGCGGUCGUCUGGACGGAAGGUUUCGGCCUCCUCAAGGCGCUGGGCCACGUGGACUUCUUCCCGAACGGCGGACGAGACCAGCCUGGCUGCGCCCACGUCUUCGCCUCCGUCAUCGUCAGCCACCUCGAAGGCACGGUGAAUUCAAGCACGGUCUGCAACCACAUCAGGGGCUUCCAGCUAUUCCUUGAGAGCAUAGCGACCCCUGAGGAGCACCCGUGUCAAUUCAGGGCGUUCCCAUGUUACAGCAGAGAGCACUUUCAUUCCGGUUCCUGCUUUCCGACGUCUUGCAACGUUCAUUCAACAGAUGGAUCUUGUGGCAUGAUGGGUUUCAGAGCAGAUAAAGGCUUAGCGAGAGGACCGUUGUACCUUGUGACCAGAGAUAACCCUCCAUUCUGCGGCGAUCAGCUUCAAGCGACUGUAACCCUGUCGAAACCGAUUCCGAGACCGAGGGGCUUCGUACACCUCAACUUACACCACGACGGUUCUCAGACGACGUUCAAACUCCACACGGAAUGGGUCGAAGCGGCUGCACAGCAGGCGAGGCAGCUUGUACUGCCGAGAAGAAUGUACAACGGACCUGCUGUCAUCUACAGGGGGUUGGCAGCCGCACCAUACCGUUCCAUGGUGCCUUCGCUCAACCAUACUUCGGCUACUGUCGUUUUCAAGCCGGCUCAAAAAGUCAAAGACCUGAUACUCUUCCAUGUCAGAAUAGCAAACAUGGACGGUCAAAGCUGGUCUUUCUGCGGAAAGGAGACUUUUAAGGAUUCCCAGGAUGACGCGGAUGUUGGGAGCAUCCGGGUCGAUCUGAAACUAGGCGUAUGCUGAUUUCCAUCCGGGCAUAAAAAAGAAAAAAGAUAUCUCAAAACUGACUGAUAGCCUUAUUAUUAAAAAAGGAUUUUUUAAUAUAUUUAUUACCUUGAAACAAUGGUGAAUUAUCAUUAAUAUGAACGUAAUUUAUGUCUAAUAAACUCGUUAAAAAUGUUAAGCAUAGGGUAUAGUUUGAUUUUUUUUAAAGGGUAAAACAAAUCAAAAACUAACAAA